GCGGGGCCACGUAGGCGCACGCGCGGAAGGCUAGUGUGCGGGGCAGGUGAAGAUGGCUGCGAGCGUGGUCCGGGUUGUUUUGUGGAGAUGGAGAACCGGCGUCCAGCCGGGCCGUGGGUUGCGGCACCUGAGCCAAACCCAGGGACCUCCUGAUUACCCCAGCUUUGUGGAGUCUGCACAUGAAUACCAGUUUGUGGAGCGCCUUAUACCCCCCACCAGCAUUCCAAAGCCCCCAAAGCAUGAACAGUAUCCCACCCCCAGUGGCUGGCAGCCCCCUCAAGACCCUCCACCCAACCUGCCCUAUUUUGUGCGGCGCUCUCGGAUGCACAACAUUCCUGUCUACAGGGACAUCACACAUGGCAACCGUCAGAUGACAGUGAUUAGGAAGGUGGAGGGGGACAUAUGGGCCCUGCAGAAGGAUGUGGAAGAUUUUCUGAGCCCACUGCUGGGGAAGACACCCAUCACCCAGGUCAACGAGGUGACAGGUACCCUGCGGGUCAAGGGCUACGUUGACCAGCAGCUCAAAGCCUGGCUCCUGGAGAAGGGCUUUUGAGGCCCCACUGAGCAGCCUGUAUGACAGCAUCCCCCAUGGACUAGAAAUCUUGGGGGAUGGAGGUGGGUGUAAGGGACGGGGAGCACUGAGAGACCAGGGCUAAGGGCUUAGACAGGGCAGGAUGAGGGAUAAAGGGCCUCGGAGUCAAGCCUUGCUUGCAUAAAUGGAGAAAUGGGACUCUACUCCAGUAUCAGCACUGAGGGAGAGAGAUCUACUUGGGAGACCCACCAGGAACAGCCAGCUAGUGGGGGGCAUUAGCUGCUGUUCCCCCGUUUUCACUUUCCCUUCACUGGGGCUCCUUGGACUCAGCUAUUCAAAAUCUGGGGGUGGUGACUGCUCCUCUGGUAGAAGCAAUAGCCUAACUCAGUUUAGGGGAGGGCAGCACAGGGCAGACCCAUUGGGCCCAUCUCUCCCUUGGCCCUCUGGCCUUUCUGAGCUCACUGCUACCCUCAUUUCUGAGACCCUGCUGUGGGCCAGAGCUGGCUUGAUUGGAAGCUACAACAGAUGACUCAGGCCUGGAUCCUGCUGGUCUUAACAGGGCUGGGCACUGGGGCAGACUGCCCUUCUCAGCACCUGGGCUCUUUCUACCUGAUGGAGAGGUAGAAGGUUAAGCUGGGGUUCCUGUUCCUUUCCAAACUAGAAUUGUUCUUGACUGGCUUUCGAAGAUCCUGAAAAUGGAAGCUCCAGGAAAUGAAAUGAUUUGCUUUGUGGCCUGACCAUAGGGGAGUGUUUGGAAGUACCAAGGAAGGAGCCCAAUACAGGGCUACCCUCCUCAGCCUGGUUACCUAGUUUCAAGGCUGCUCAGGGAGUCUGCAGGCGAAAGGAUGCUGGCUCUUGCCCUCACCACCCCAUUCCAUCCCAUCCUAUGCCAAGUAGCCUUCAUACUUGCCUCUUCCUUGGAGUCUCAGGGCCAGAGACGUAAGUCCUCUCCUCUGCCUCAUCCGACUUGACCCCACCACCAGACUGGCUAAGAUAAGAUUUAGAUUCUGGCUCCAGUAUGUUUCUAAGGGCAAAGUACUUGACCUCUCCAGAGUGUCUCCAUAUGGAAAAUGGGUCUGUCUUCAUAAUAGUUCAAAAACUCAACACAGUGCUGGCCUGUGCAUAAAACCCUCUCUCCUGGAAGCUCCAGGCCUCUCUAAUCUACAGCCUUGGCAACGGAAAAGGAGCCUGACACCCUGACUGACCAUACGACACCAGCCCCACCAAUUGUUAAUGCAAGUUUUUAUUUGGCUGUAUAUACAAUUUAAGCUAUUAAAAUUUGUACAAUAUUUACAAAUUAAAUAAUCAUCUGAAA